GGGAACAAAAGGAAAAAUUGUUAUAGGCUUAAAAUAAAGAGCAAAAGAUGGUUUGUUACCGUAAUGCUGCGUGUCUUGUUCUGGUUGCAUUAUUCCUUUUAGCUCAGUUUGGUACGGCACCAGUGCGCGGCGAACUAAAUACAAUUCGUUUGUUGAAUCGUCUUGAGAGCAAGCCAGUGUUGCAGUGGUCUGUAAGUGAUGUGGUGCAGUGGAUGAACCAUACAAUUGGCUACGCUGAAUACAGUAACUACAUACGCAAGCAUCUAAUCGAUGGGCCAACCUUGCUGGAAAUGGAGCCUGCAGAUUUCGAAAGCUUUUUCCCGAUCACAAGCCCCCUGCAUGUGAUUAAAAUCCAAGCCCACAUCAAGCUGCUGCGUGGGCAAUGUUCUUGUCACAAUACAACCACAAUCACAGGAAAGCGUGACUUUUGGGCCUACAUGAAGCGCCACAGUGUACGUACAUGGGUUGAGGGUACUACAGCACUAUACUUUUCACGUGUAGCCAUGCUCACCACCUAUCUGUUCGACCACGAUUUUUAUAUAGACAUAAUACGUGCAGGAGGGAAGCUUGAGGAUAAAGAUGGUGCAAUGGAGGACGCAGCCGUGAAUUCACAGGGCGGUGGUGCGGGACUGCGUUUCCGCAAGUUUGUCUACUGGGUUUCUUGGAUAUUUGCACCGGAUCUAUAUCUAGCGUAUCACAGUGCUAGGCUGUGUGCAGUAAAUUACUUUCUGAUGCCUCUUAUGCUCAUUCACUUUAUCACUCAGGCGUGCAAUGAAUAUUUCCUCAUCUACUCGAUUUAUCAUAAAACAGCUUUUACCCCCGGGACAAGUACCCUGGAACGCAUUUGGAGCCUAUACGCCUAUACCAUUUUUGUGCCUGUUGUCGGACUCGUGGUGGGGUAUGUGUUCCCAGUAAUACUCCAGAUUAUCUGUCUUUUAGUACUUGUCAUCCACAAUCUAAUCAUUUUAUUCGGUAUGUUUAUGCUCAUAUUUAUUAAGGGUAGUGUAAAAACGCCACAGGACAAUGACAAGGACAAAGAUACACACGAGGCGAAGGUGGACACUCAUACGAAUACAAAUGUCACUGAUGAUAGAAAUAUCGAGUCUAAUAAGAAAAUUGACUAG